AUGAAGAAAUCUCUGGAGGCACGAGAGAGGAGACGCUCUUACCUUUCAGCCACUGCCCAUCGGCGGCGGCGGCAGCGGCAGCGCGUGUCUGCAGGGCUCGGGGAGGGAGCCACACGCCUCCUCAUCUCCUGCCCGUCAAGCCACGUAUGUGGAAAUGCAAGACGCAUCCGAGACUUGGGACCACGUUUACUCUCUUACUCGGAGAACGGACGGACGGAUGCUCAGACAUUCUUGCAGCCGGGACUGCGUUGUACCGCCCUGGGGGCUCCCGCCCCGUCCGAGAGAAGAUUCCACGGGGAAUGGUCCCCGGGAUUCUAG